AUGCCAGCUGACCUUUGCCAGCCGCGGAGCCACUGCUUCCCCCUAGGGCAGGCCCUGCCCCUCUUGGGAAGCUCAGCAAGGCGUGUCCUCAACGCCCUCCCAGGAGCCUGGCUGGCUCGACUGGACUGGGUUCAGUCACUGGGACUUGUUCGGGGUGAGGUGCACUUCCCCGAGCGGGUGGGCAGGAGCAUGGGCAGGGAAAGCCCUGCACACCUGGGGCGCCAUCGGCGAGGGCAGAUGCUGGCUCUGACCGUGACCCUCCUCCUCACCUGUGGGCCAGGUAUGUCCACAAGAAGCCCAGAAAUGGCUACAGCCUUCAAAAUCAUAAGCUCCAAGGAGCCCAGCACCAGCCCAGAAAUGAAGUACACUCUGGGAAAUUCUUGGAAUACUUCAACAGCAACUGUCCCUAUGAAGACCACAGUGGAACCAGUCACACUUCAGUCCACAGCCAUAGAGAGUAGCGGCAUCAGCCUCUCUCACCUGCCCACAGGAUUCAUGACACCAGCCAAGUCACCAACAAAAGGGACAGCAACUACAGAAUGGUCCCAGUCUGAGGUUGGAACCAACCCCCAUCUUGGGACUCCAGAAGGGACCAAAAAGUCAUUGGGCACAGUGUCCUCUGUCUCCCGAGAGUCAAAUCCUGAAGGCAACAUAGGGACUGGUCCACAAACAAGCCCAAAUCUGAUUCCAAGGACAACUGGAAUGAAUUUAUCCAUGUGGCUUGGCUCCACUGGAGGGACCACCGUGGACACACAUGUCUCUCUGAACACAUCUUCCACUGGUCCUGAAGACUCUGUGGCCAUCCCGGACUCUGUGACAACCCAGAUGGUAACCAUGAGCUCAGUGACAGAUAAAUCUGAAUUUAUAACCAAGACAAGGGUCAACAUCACAGUCAUUCCUUCCACUGUUCUGAGUAAAGAUACAAUGACAGAUGAACAACAGGCAAGUGUAUCUGUGAGUGAGGCUUAUUCAUCUGCUAGCCCAUGGUCAGAGCAGACAACUGGGAGUAACCUGAUUCUUGAUAAAUCCCCUGAGGCCAAAGACACAUUGCAUAAAACCUCCGUAGAACAAACCACAUUAGCAUCUCUGACCUCUGAAAGCCAAGACAUUACCAGCAUCACCAAUGCCUCAGGAGGAAAAAUGAGCUCUUCACCAUCUGUCACAUUCCCCUCCGUGGGGUCUACGACACUGGCAACCAUCACAAGUGUAGUAAAUAGAGAUGUUGCCUCUACUCUUGGGCAACUAUCACAGACCUCAUAUCCUGCAGGAGUGAGCAACAUGGAGGUAACCAUAGCUCCCACUCCACUUGUCACCACCACGAUCACCACUAUGGAAACCAAUUCAGUCCUGACUACCAUGCCCGGCCCAAAAGGAAGUGUGAGCACCAUGGACAGCACCCUGGCUACAGAGACCAGCACAUCUGCCCUACAGCACCCACCCACCUGGUCAUCCACAGCUGCUCCUGCCCCAACAUCAGGCCCCACGACUAUCACAGACAUGGCUUCAAUCUUGGAAGUCACAGGUUCUCCUAAAGCAAUUUCUGCAAUGAGCACAACUUCAUCCAUAGCGUCAAGCACUGAAUCAGGCUCUGUGUCUACCCCCCAUGGCCUUGUGACUGUCAAUGGAACCAGCCUAGCCAUCCCAUCCUCCUUUGCUUCAGCUGAAAAGACAGAGGCCAGCACAAGUGUAAGGACAUUGAGUCCUUUAGACACAACUGCAUCUAUGCCCAUCUCAACUUCUGGUGUCGAGAGGAUGAGCACCACAGUUCCUGACAUUUUAAGCACAAGUUGGACUCCCAGUAGAAGAGAAACAGAAGGCUUGCAUGUUUCAAUGGCUUCUAUGGACCAUCCAAAGACAAAGACUAUCCCAAAGAUCCUCCCAUCCACUCCUCUGCCUGAUUCUCUGUCCACUCUUGACUGGGCCACUGGGAGUUCUGUGUCAUCACCCAAAACCUCUACCUCAGUUCUUCAGGAGGUUACAACUCCUUCAGAACUCCCUUUGGAGAAAAUGAUCAGCCCAACUACCUCACAGCUGCCCUCCUCCACAGAGGACAUUACAAGUGAGGUCACACCUGUUACAAUGGUAAAUAGCUCUAAAGUCACUUUAUCAGGGAGGCCAGAUCUUGCCAGCAAAGAAGUAGAGCAGAGUUCUACCCAGCUUCACAUCACAGCUUCUGCAGAUCCAGGGUAUAUGUCUAGAGCAGAAACAACAACUCUGGACUUAAUCCCAUAUACAGUAAGAACUCCAUAUCCAACUCCCCGGGUGAAUGGGAUAAGGACUCCUACAACAGAGGCAAGAGCUACAUCUCAUUCCUGGAUGAGGGAAGAAGAAUCAAGCUCAAGCACAUCUCUGAACACUGAGGUGAUAAAUGUCUCUUCUGUCUCAGGAGGGACCAUCAAGGAGGUUACUGACUCCCCAGGCUUAUUAAAGACCACAGAUAUACUGGGCAUAAGCUUGGAAUCUGGGACAACUUCAUCUCCAAAUUGGAAAAAUGGCACAUAUGAGAGAAUAGCCACUUCUGAACCUACCACAGACAAAGAGACAAUUUACCCAUCUACAAACACAGUAGAUACAACAGUAUGGCCCUCAAAUUCUGAACAUGAUCUUCAUUCCACUAUCCCAGCCCACUCAGAGUCAUCCAUGGGCACAUAUCCAAUGAAUACUACCUCCAUCAUGCUGAAUACCAUUGUUUCCACAUCAGCAACUACCUGGCCAGAAUCCACAAGGGCUGGAAGAGAGCUUGAUUACCCCCUGACCACUGAACUGAGGGAGUCCAGUAUUUACAUGGAUACCAACUCAACCGCAGAGAUAAGCAGUGUCCAUUCCCUAAGUUCUUUUGCUAUUACUAGGGUGUCCGGGACAGAAGUCACUACCUCUGACAGAAUUUCCAGCCCAGAUCUAGCUCAGUCCACAAGGUCAUCAGACAUCACCAGGCCCUCUACCUUCCCUGACAUAACAGACUCUGAAAGAAUAACCAUCACCAUGCAAACAGGUCCUUCUGGGACUACAUUGCUGGGUGCACCUACCAUGGACACAUUAGCCACAGCCUCCUUGUCAGGGACUUACUUGGCUGUGACUCAGGGAUUUCCACAGUCAAAGAUAACCACUCAAACGAGCAAAGGUCCUGAAGGUGUGUCAUGGACAAACCCUCCCUCUCUGGGAGAAACCACCUCUUCCUCUUCCCUAGCACCUAUCCCCGACACAACCUCAUCUUCUCAUGUUUUGCUGACAUCACAAGGGCAAAGUACCUCCUCUACUCUACCUGUGACCUCAGGUCUCUUGCCUGAGAACUUCGGCUUGGGGAAGACCAGAGACAUGUUGAGGACGAGUUUGGAAACUGAUACCAGUUUACCCCCAAAUUUGAGGAGUAGCUCAGAUGAGAUGUUUGUCACCACAGAUAUAGAAGCAAUUCAUCCUUCCACAAACACAGCAAUGACACAUGUAGAGACUACCAGUUGUGAACAUGAAUCACAUUCUCCUGUCCUGGCCCCCACACAGCCACCCAAAGCUAAAUCUUCAGUGGUUACCUCCUCCACCAUGUGGGACACUACUGCCCCCACAUCAAUGUCUGGCUCAUCUGAGACUAUAAAGAUUGAGAGAGAGUCAGUAUCCUCUCUGAAUACUGGACUUAGGGAGACAAGUACCUACCAGGAGACCAGCUCUGCUACAGAGACAAGCACUGUCAUUUCCAAUGUGUCCACAAAUGAUGCUACUACUGAGGUAACCAGGACACAAGUUACCUCCUCCAGCAGGAAAUCUGUCCCAAGCCUUGCUCACUUCAAAACUUCUCCAAACACACUUACAGAAAGCAGAACCAGCCCCUCUAUAUCCAUGUUCAUGACAGAAUCUUCGGGAAUGACCAUCACCACCGAAACAGGUCCCCCAGGGGUUACAUCACAGGACACACUUACCUUGGACAUAUUGACCAAGGUCUCUGGGGCAGGGACUCAUUCGACUGUGACUCAGAGUUCUACACACUCAGAGAUGACCACUCUCAGCAGCAGAGGUCCCGAGGAUGUGUCUUGGCCAAGCCCUGCCUCUAUGAUAGAGACUGGCUCUCCAACCUCCCCAGUAAUUGUACCUGCCAUGACAACACCCUCCCCUGAGCCAUCCACAUUACCAGGGAGAAGCCCCUCCUCUCCUACUCCUGUGACCUCACUUCUCACCCGUGGUCUGCGGAAAACCAGAGACACAUUGGGUACAAGUGUGGAACCUGUGCCCAGUUCACCUUCAAGUGAGAUGAGCACCACCAUUGAGAUACUGUCCACCUCUGAAGCCUCCACAGGUACAGAUGCAAUUCAGCCCUCCAAAAACACAGCUGGGAUCAAUGGGGCCAACGAAAGCUCUGGACAUGAAACACAUUCGUCUGCCUCAGCUGACUCGGAGCCAUCCAAUGUCACGUUUCCAAUGCUUAUUCCUUCCAACUCUAGGGACACCCGUGUUAGCACAUCAGUGCCUAACUCUUUAGAAACUACAGUGUUUGAGCUAGACUCCAUAUCCUCUCUGACUCCUGAACUGAGGAACACAAGCACCGUCCAGCAGAACAGCUCAGCCACAGAGAAAAUCGGCGUCCUUUCCAAAGUACCCACUGAUAUGACUACUGAGAUCUCUAGGACCGAACCCAACUCCUCUAGCAGCACGUCCAUCGCUGGCCCUGUUCAGUCCACGAUGUCGCCAGACAUCCCUGAAGGCCUGAUCACCAGGCCCUCUGCCUCUCCUGUGACGACAGAAUCUGCAGAAGUGACCAUGACCACCCAAACAGGUCCCAUUGAGCCGACAUCACAGGACCCACUUACCUUGGACGCUACAACCAACACCUCAGGGGCAGAGAUCCACUCGACUGUGACUCAGAGUUUUAUGCAACCAGAGAUGACCACUCUCAGCAGCAGAGGUCCCGAGGAUGUGUCUUGGCCAAGCCCUGCCUCUGUGAUAGAGACUGGCUCUCCAUCUUCCCCAGUGACUGUACCUACCAGGACAACACCCUCCCCUGAGCCAUCCACAUUACCAGGGAGAAGCCCCUCCUCUCCUACUCCUGUGACCUCACUUCUCAACCGUGGUCUGCGGAAAACCAGAGACACAUUGGGUACAAGUGUGGAACCUGUGUCCAGUUCACCUUCAAGUGAGAUGAGCACCACCAUUGAGAUACUGUCCACCUCUGAAGCCUCCACAGGUACAGAUGCAAUUCAGCCCUCCAAAAACACAGCUGGGACCCACCGGGCCAACACAAUUUCUGGACAUGAAGCACAUUCCUCUGCCCCAGCUGAAUCAGAGCCAUCGAAUGUCACGUCCCCAAUGGUUACUCCUUCCCCCUCUAGGGACACCAGUGUUUCUACAUCAAUGCCUCACUCUUUAGAAACUACAAUGUUUGAGAUACACUCCACAUCCUCUCUGACUCCUCCACUGAGGAAGCCCAGCACCGUCCAGCAGAACAGCACAGACACAGAGAAAAUCGCCGUCCCUUCCAAAGUACCCACUGAUACGACGACUAUUGAGAACUCUAGGACCGAACCGAUCUCCCCUAGCAGCACGUCCAUCCCUGGCCCUGUUCAGUACACGUUGUUGCCAGACAUUCCUGCAGGCAUCAUCACCGGGCCCUCUGCCUCUCCUGUGCCAAGAGAAUCUGCAGGAGUCACCAUGACCACCCAAACAGGUCCCAUUGAGCCGACAUCACAGGACCCACUUACCUUGGACACUACAACCAACACCUCAGGGGCAGAGAUCCACUCGACUGUGACUCAGAGUUUUACGCACCCAGAGAUGUCCACUCUCAGCAGCAGAGGUCCCGAGGAUGUGUCUUGGCCAAGCCCUGCCUCUGUGAUAGAGACUGGCUCUCCAUCUUCCCCAGUGAUUGUACCUGCCAUGACAACACCCUCCCCUGAGCCAUCCACAUUACCAGGGAGAAGCCCCUCCUCUCCUACUCCUGUGACCUCACUUCUCACCCGUGGUCUGCGGAAAACCAGAGACACAUUGGGUACAAGUGUGGAACCUGUGCCCAGUUCACCUUCAAGUGAGAUGAGCACCACCAUUGAGAUACUGUCCACCUCUGAAGCCUCCACAGGUACAGAUGCAAUUCAGCCCUCCAAAAACACAGCUGGGAUCAAUGGGGCCAACGAAAGCUCUGGACAUGAAACACAUUCGUCUGCCUCAGCUGACUCGGAGCCAUCCAAUGUCACGUUUCCAAUGCUUAUUCCUUCCAACUCUAGGGACACCCGUGUUAGCACAUCAGUGCCUAACUCUUUAGAAACUACAGUGUUUGAGCUAGACUCCAUAUCCUCUCUGACUCCUGAACUGAGGAACACAAGCACCGUCCAGCAGAACAGCUCAGCCACAGAGAAAAUCGGCGUCCUUUCCAAAGUACCCACUGAUAUGACUACUGAGAUCUCUAGGACCGAACCCAACUCCUCUAGCAGCACGUCCAUCGCUGGCCCUGUUCAGUCCACGAUGUCGCCAGACAUCCCUGAAGGCCUGAUCACCAGGCCCUCUGCCUCUCCUGUGACGACAGAAUCUGCAGAAGUGACCAUGACCACCCAAACAGGUCCCAUUGAGCCGACAUCACAGGACCCACUUACCUUGGACGCUACAACCAACACCUCAGGGGCAGAGAUCCACUCGACUGUGACUCAGAGUUUUAUGCAACCAGAGAUGACCACUCUCAGCAGCAGAGGUCCCGAGGAUGUGUCUUGGCCAAGCCCUGCCUCUGUGAUAGAGACUGGCUCUCCAUCUUCCCCAGUGACUGUACCUACCAGGACAACACCCUCCCCUGAGCCAUCCACAUUACCAGGGAGAAGCCCCUCCUCUCCUACUCCUGUGACCUCACUUCUCAACCGUGGUCUGCGGAAAACCAGAGACACAUUGGGUACAAGUGUGGAACCUGUGUCCAGUUCACCUUCAAGUGAGAUGAGCACCACCAUUGAGAUACUGUCCACCUCUGAAGCCUCCACAGGUACAGAUGCAAUUCAGCCCUCCAAAAACACAGCUGGGACCCACCGGGCCAACACAAUUUCUGGACAUGAAGCACAUUCCUCUGCCCCAGCUGAAUCAGAGCCAUCGAAUGUCACGUCCCCAAUGGUUACUCCUUCCCCCUCUAGGGACACCAGUGUUUCUACAUCAAUGCCUCACUCUUUAGAAACUACAAUGUUUGAGAUACACUCCACAUCCUCUCUGACUCCUCCACUGAGGAAGCCCAGCACCGUCCAGCAGAACAGCACAGACACAGAGAAAAUCGCCGUCCCUUCCAAAGUACCCACUGAUACGACGACUAUUGAGAACUCUAGGACCGAACCGAUCUCCCCUAGCAGCACGUCCAUCCCUGGCCCUGUUCAGUACACGUUGUUGCCAGACAUUCCUGCAGGCAUCAUCACCGGGCCCUCUGCCUCUCCUGUGCCAAGAGAAUCUGCAGGAGUCACCAUGACCACCCAAACAGGUCCCAUUGAGCCGACAUCACAGGACCCACUUACCUUGGACACUACAACCAACACCUCAGGGGCAGAGAUCCACUCGACUGUGACUCAGAGUUUUACGCACCCAGAGAUGUCCACUCUCAGCAGCAGAGGUCCCGAGGAUGUGUCUUGGCCAAGCCCUGCCUCUGUGAUAGAGACUGGCUCUCCAUCUUCCCCAGUGAUUGUACCUGCCAUGACAACACCCUCCCCUGAGCCAUCCACAUUACCAGGGAGAAGCCCCUCCUCUCCUACUCCUGUGACCUCACUUCUCACCCGUGGUCUGCGGAAAACCAGAGACACAUUGGGUACAAGUGUGGAACCUGUGCCCAGUUCACCUUCAACUGAGAUGAGCACCACCAUUGAGAUACUGUCCACCUCUGAAGCCUCCACAGGUACAGAUGCAAUUCAGCCCUCCAGAAACACAGCUGGGAUCAAUGGGGCCAACGAAAGCUCUGGACAUGAAACACAUUCGUCUGCCUCAGCUGACUCGGAGCCAUCCAAUGUCACGUUUCCAAUGCUUAUUCCUUCCAACUCUAGGGACACCCGUGUUAGCACAUCAGUGCCUAACUCUUUAGAAACUACAGUGUUUGAGCUAGACUCCAUAUCCUCUCUGACUCCUGAACUGAGGAACACAAGCACCGUCCAGCAGAACAGCUCAGCCACAGAGAAAAUCGGCGUCCUUUCCAAAGUACCCACUGAUAUGACUACUGAGAUCUCUAGGACCGAACCCAACUCCUCUAGCAGCACGUCCAUCGCUGGCCCUGUUCAGUCCACGAUGUCGCCAGACAUCCCUGAAGGCCUGAUCACCAGGCCCUCUGCCUCUCCUGUGACGACAGAAUCUGCAGAAGUGACCAUGACCACCCAAACAGGUCCCAUUGAGGCUACUUCACACGACCCACUUACCUUGGGCGCUACAACUAAUACCACAGGGGCGGAGAUUCACUCGACUGUGACUCAGAGUUUUAUGCAACCAGAGAUGACCACUCUCAGCAGCAGAGGUCCCGAGGAUGUGUCUUGGCCAAGCCCUGCCUCUGUGAUAGAGACUGGCUCUCCAUCUUCCCCAGUGACUGUACCUACCAGGACAACACCCUCCCCUGAGCCAUCCACAUUACCAGGGAGAAGCCCCUCCUCUCCUACUCCUGUGACCUCACUUCUCACCCGUGGUCUGCGGAAAACCAGAGACACAUUGGGUACAAGUGUGGAACCUGUGUCCAGUUCACCUUCAAGUGAGAUGAGCACCACCAUUGAGAUACUGUCCACCUCUGAAGCCUCCACAGGUACAGAUGCAAUUCAGCCCUCCAAAAACACAGCUGGGACCCACCGGGCCAACACAAUUUCUGGACAUGAAGCACAUUCCUCUGCCCCAGCUGAAUCAGAGCCAUCGAAUGUCACGUCCCCAAUGGUUACUCCUUCCCCCUCUAGGGACACCAGUGUUUCUACAUCAAUGCCUCACUCUUUAGAAACUACAAUGUUUGAGAUACACUCCACAUCCUCUCUGACUCCUCCACUGAGGAAGCCCAGCACCGUCCAGCAGAACAGCACAGACACAGAGAAAAUCGCCGUCCCUUCCAAAGUACCCACUGAUACGACGACUAUUGAGAACUCUAGGACCGAACCGAUCUCCCCUAGCAGCACGUCCAUCCCUGGCCCUGUUCAGUACACGUUGUUGCCAGACAUUCCUGCAGGCAUCAUCACCGGGCCCUCUGCCUCUCCUGUGCCAAGAGAAUCUGCAGGAGUCACCAUGACCACCCAAACAGGUCCCAUUGAGCCGACAUCACAGGACCCACUUACCUUGGACACUACAACCAACACCUCAGGGGCAGAGAUCCACUCGACUGUGACUCAGAGUUUUACGCACCCAGAGAUGUCCACUCUCAGCAGCAGAGGUCCCGAGGAUGUGUCUUGGCCAAGCCCUGCCUCUGUGAUAGAGACUGGCUCUCCAUCUUCCCCAGUGAUUGUACCUGCCAUGACAACACCCUCCCCUGAGCCAUCCACAUUACCAGGGAGAAGCCCCUCCUCUCCUACUCCUGUGACCUCACUUCUCACCCGUGGUCUGCGGAAAACCAGAGACACAUUGGGUACAAGUGUGGAACCUGUGCCCAGUUCACCUUCAACUGAGAUGAGCACCACCAUUGAGAUACUGUCCACCUCUGAAGCCUCCACAGGUACAGAUGCAAUUCAGCCCUCCAAAAACACAGCUGGGAUCAAUGGGGCCAACGAAAGCUCUGGACAUGAAACACAUUCGUCUGCCUCAGCUGACUCGGAGCCAUCCAAUGUCACGUUUCCAAUGCUUAUUCCUUCCAACUCUAGGGACACCCGUGUUAGCACAUCAGUGCCUAACUCUUUAGAAACUACAGUGUUUGAGCUAGACUCCAUAUCCUCUCUGACUCCUGAACUGAGGAACACAAGCACCGUCCAGCAGAACAGCUCAGCCACAGAGAAAAUCGGCGUCCUUUCCAAAGUACCCACUGAUAUGACUACUGAGAUCUCUAGGACCGAACCCAACUCCUCUAGCAGCACGUCCAUCGCUGGCCCUGUUCAGUCCACGAUGUCGCCAGACAUCCCUGAAGGCCUGAUCACCAGGCCCUCUGCCUCUCCUGUGACGACAGAAUCUGCAGAAGUGACCAUGACCACCCAAACAGGUCCCAUUGAGGCUACUUCACACGACCCACUUACCUUGGGCGCUACAACUAAUACCACAGGGGCGGAGAUUCACUCGACUGUGACUCAGAGUUUUAUGCAACCAGAGAUGACCACUCUCAGCAGCAGAGGUCCCGAGGAUGUGUCUUGGCCAAGCCCUGCCUCUGUGAUAGAGACUGGCUCUCCAUCUUCCCCAGUGACUGUACCUACCAGGACAACACCCUCCCCUGAGCCAUCCACAUUACCAGGGAGAAGCCCCUCCUCUCCUACUCCUGUGACCUCACUUCUCACCCGUGGUCUGCGGAAAACCAGAGACACAUUGGGUACAAGUGUGGAACCUGUGUCCAGUUCACCUUCAAGUGAGAUGAGCACCACCAUUGAGAUACUGUCCACCUCUGAAGCCUCCACAGGUACAGAUGCAAUUCAGCCCUCCAAAAACACAGCUGGGACCCACCGGGCCAACACAAUUUCUGGACAUGAAGCACAUUCCUCUGCCCCAGCUGAAUCAGAGCCAUCGAAUGUCACGUCCCCAAUGGUUACUCCUUCCCCCUCUAGGGACACCAGUGUUUCUACAUCAAUGCCUCACUCUUUAGAAACUACAAUGUUUGAGAUACACUCCACAUCCUCUCUGACUCCUCCACUGAGGAAGCCCAGCACCGUCCAGCAGAACAGCACAGACACAGAGAAAAUCGCCGUCCUUUCCAAAGUACCCACUGAUACGACGACUAUUGAGAACUCUAGGACCGAACCGAUCUCCCCUAGCAGCACGUCCAUCCCUGGCCCUGUUCAGUACACGUUGUUGCCAGACAUUCCUGCAGGCAUCAUCACCGGGCCCUCUGCCUCUCCUGUGCCAAGAGAAUCUGCAGGAGUCACCAUGACCACCCAAACAGGUCCCAUUGAGCCGACAUCACAGGACCCACUUACCUUGGACACUACAACCAACACCUCAGGGGCAGAGAUCCACUCGACUGUGACUCAGAGUUUUACGCACCCAGAGAUGUCCACUCUCAGCAGCAGAGGUCCCGAGGAUGUGUCUUGGCCAAGCCCUGCCUCUGUGAUAGAGACUGGCUCUCCAUCUUCCCCAGUGAUUGUACCUGCCAUGACAACACCCUCCCCUGAGCCAUCCACAUUACCAGGGAGGAGCCCCUCCUCUCCUACUCCUGUGACCUCACUUCUCACCCGUGGUCUGCGGAAAACCAGAGACACAUUGGGUACAAGUGUGGAACCUGUGCCCAGUUCACCUUCAACUGAGAUGAGCACCACCAUUGAGAUACUGUCCACCUCUGAAGCCUCCACAGGUACAGAUGCAAUUCAGCCCUCCAAAAACACAGCUGGGAUCAAUGGGGCCAACGAAAGCUCUGGACAUGAAACACAUUCGUCUGCCUCAGCUGACUCGGAGCCAUCCAAUGUCACGUUUCCAAUGCUUAUUCCUUCCAACUCUAGGGACACCCGUGUUAGCACAUCAGUGCCUAACUCUUUAGAAACUACAGUGUUUGAGCUAGACUCCAUAUCCUCUCUGACUCCUGAACUGAGGAACACAAGCACCGUCCAGCAGAACAGCUCAGCCACAGAGAAAAUCGGCGUCCUUUCCAAAGUACCCACUGAUAUGACUACUGAGAUCUCUAGGACCGAACCCAACUCCUCUAGCAGCACGUCCAUCGCUGGCCCUGUUCAGUCCACGAUGUCGCCAGACAUCCCUGAAGGCCUGAUCACCAGGCCCUCUGCCUCUCCUGUGACGACAGAAUCUGCAGAAGUGACCAUGACCACCCAAACAGGUCCCAUUGAGGCUACUUCACACGACCCACUUACCUUGGGCGCUACAACUAAUACCACAGGGGCGGAGAUUCACUCGACUGUGACUCAGAGUUUUAUGCAACCAGAGAUGACCACUCUCAGCAGCAGAGGUCCCGAGGAUGUGUCUUGGCCAAGCCCUGCCUCUGUGAUAGAGACUGGCUCUCCAUCUUCCCCAGUGACUGUACCUACCAGGACAACACCCUCCCCUGAGCCAUCCACAUUACCAGGGAGAAGCCCCUCCUCUCCUACUCCUGUGACCUCACUUCUCACCCGUGGUCUGCGGAAAACCAGAGACACAUUGGGUACAAGUGUGGAACCUGUGUCCAGUUCACCUUCAAGUGAGAUGAGCACCACCAUUGAGAUACUGUCCACCUCUGAAGCCUCCACAGGUACAGAUGCAAUUCAGCCCUCCAAAAACACAGCUGGGACCCACCGGGCCAACACAAUUUCUGGACAUGAAGCACAUUCCUCUGCCCCAGCUGAAUCAGAGCCAUCGAAUGUCACGUCCCCAAUGGUUACUCCUUCCCCCUCUAGGGACACCAGUGUUUCUACAUCAAUGCCUCACUCUUUAGAAACUACAAUGUUUGAGAUACACUCCACAUCCUCUCUGACUCCUCCACUGAGGAAGCCCAGCACCGUCCAGCAGAACAGCACAGACACAGAGAAAAUCGCCGUCCCUUCCAAAGUACCCACUGAUACGACGACUAUUGAGAACUCUAGGACCGAACCGAUCUCCCCUAGCAGCACGUCCAUCCCUGGCCCUGUUCAGUACACGUUGUUGCCAGACAUUCCUGCAGGCAUCAUCACCGGGCCCUCUGCCUCUCCUGUGCCAAGAGAAUCUGCAGGAGUCACCAUGACCACCCAAACAGGUCCCAUUGAGCCGACAUCACAGGACCCACUUACCUUGGACACUACAACCAACACCUCAGGGGCAGAGAUCCACUCGACUGUGACUCAGAGUUUUACGCACCCAGAGAUGUCCACUCUCAGCAGCAGAGGUCCCGAGGAUGUGUCUUGGCCAAGCCCUGCCUCUGUGAUAGAGACUGGCUCUCCAUCUUCCCCAGUGAUUGUACCUGCCAUGACAACACCCUCCCCUGAGCCAUCCACAUUACCAGGGAGGAGCCCCUCCUCUCCUACUCCUGUGACCUCACUUCUCACCCGUGGUCUGCGGAAAACCAGAGACACAUUGGGUACAAGUGUGGAACCUGUGCCCAGUUCACCUUCAACUGAGAUGAGCACCACCAUUGAGAUACUGUCCACCUCUGAAGCCUCCACAGGUACAGAUGCAAUUCAGCCCUCCAAAAACACAGCUGGGAUCAAUGGGGCCAACGAAAGCUCUGGACAUGAAACACAUUCGUCUGCCUCAGCUGACUCGGAGCCAUCCAAUGUCACGUUUCCAAUGCUUAUUCCUUCCAACUCUAGGGACACCCGUGUUAGCACAUCAGUGCCUAACUCUUUAGAAACUACAGUGUUUGAGCUAGACUCCAUAUCCUCUCUGACUCCUGAACUGAGGAACACAAGCACCGUCCAGCAGAACAGCUCAGCCACAGAGAAAAUCGGCGUCCUUUCCAAAGUACCCACUGAUAUGACUACUGAGAUCUCUAGGACCGAACCCAACUCCUCUAGCAGCACGUCCAUCGCUGGCCCUGUUCAGUCCACGAUGUCGCCAGACAUCCCUGAAGGCCUGAUCACCAGGCCCUCUGCCUCUCCUGUGACGACAGAAUCUGCAGAAGUGACCAUGACCACCCAAACAGGUCCCAUUGAGGCUACUUCACACGACCCACUUACCUUGGGCGCUACAACUAAUACCACAGGGGCGGAGAUUCACUCGACUGUGACUCAGAGUUUUAUGCAACCAGAGAUGACCACUCUCAGCAGCAGAGGUCCCGAGGAUGUGUCUUGGCCAAGCCCUGCCUCUGUGAUAGAGACUGGCUCUCCAUCUUCCCCAGUGACUGUACCUACCAGGACAACACCCUCCCCUGAGCCAUCCACAUUACCAGGGAGAAGCCCCUCCUCUCCUACUCCUGUGACCUCACUUCUCACCCGUGGUCUGCGGAAAACCAGAGACACAUUGGGUACAAGUGUGGAACCUGUGUCCAGUUCACCUUCAAGUGAGAUGAGCACCACCAUUGAGAUACUGUCCACCUCUGAAGCCUCCACAGGUACAGAUGCAAUUCAGCCCUCCAAAAACACAGCUGGGACCCACCGGGCCAACACAAUUUCUGGACAUGAAGCACAUUCCUCUGCCCCAGCUGAAUCAGAGCCAUCGAAUGUCACGUCCCCAAUGGUUACUCCUUCCCCCUCUAGGGACACCAGUGUUUCUACAUCAAUGCCUCACUCUUUAGAAACUACAAUGUUUGAGAUACACUCCACAUCCUCUCUGACUCCUCCACUGAGGAAGCCCAGCACCGUCCAGCAGAACAGCACAGACACAGAGAAAAUCGCCGUCCCUUCCAAAGUACCCACUGAUACGACGACUAUUGAGAACUCUAGGACCGAACCGAUCUCCCCUAGCAGCACGUCCAUCCCUGGCCCUGUUCAGUACACGUUGUUGCCAGACAUUCCUGCAGGCAUCAUCACCGGGCCCUCUGCCUCUCCUGUGCCAAGAGAAUCUGCAGGAGUCACCAUGACCACCCAAACAGGUCCCAUUGAGCCGACAUCACAGGACCCACUUACCUUGGACACUACAACCAACACCUCAGGGGCAGAGAUCCACUCGACUGUGACUCAGAGUUUUACGCACCCAGAGAUGUCCACUCUCAGCAGCAGAGGUCCCGAGGAUGUGUCUUGGCCAAGCCCUGCCUCUGUGAUAGAGACUGGCUCUCCAUCUUCCCCAGUGAUUGUACCUGCCAUGACAACACCCUCCCCUGAGCCAUCCACAUUACCAGGGAGGAGCCCCUCCUCUCCUACUCCUGUGACCUCACUUCUCACCCGUGGUCUGCGGAAAACCAGAGACACAUUGGGUACAAGUGUGGAACCUGUGCCCAGUUCACCUUCAACUGAGAUGAGCACCACCAUUGAGAUACUGUCCACCUCUGAAGCCUCCACAGGUACAGAUGCAAUUCAGCCCUCCAAAAACACAGCUGGGAUCAAUGGGGCCAACGAAAGCUCUGGACAUGAAACACAUUCGUCUGCCUCAGCUGACUCGGAGCCAUCCAAUGUCACGUUUCCAAUGCUUAUUCCUUCCAACUCUAGGGACACCCGUGUUAGCGCAUCAGUGCCUAACUCUUUAGAAACUACAGUGUUUGAGCUAGACUCCAUAUCCUCUCUGACUCCUGAACUGAGGAACACAAGCACCGUCCAGCAGAACAGCUCAGCCACAGAGAAAAUCGGCGUCCUUUCCAAAGUACCCACUGAUAUGACUACUGAGAUCUCUAGGACCGAACCCAACUCCUCUAGCAGCACGUCCAUCGCUGGCCCUGUUCAGUCCACGAUGUCGCCAGACAUCCCUGAAGGCCUGAUCACCAGGCCCUCUGCCUCUCCUGUGACGGCAGAAUCUGCAGAAGUGACCAUGACCACCCAAACAGGUCCCAUUGAGGCUACUUCACACGACCCACUUACCUUGGGCGCUACAACUAAUACCACAGGGGCGGAGAUUCACUCGACUGUGACUCAGAGUUUUAUGCAACCAGAGAUGACCACUCUCAGCAGCAGAGGUCCCGAGGAUGUGUCUUGGCCAAGCCCUGCCUCUGUGAUAGAGACUGGCUCUCCAUCUUCCCCAGUGACUGUACCUACCAGGACAACACCCUCCCCUGAGCCAUCCACAUUACCAGGGAGAAGCCCCUCCUCUCCUACUCCUGUGACCUCACUUCUCACCCGUGGUCUGCGGAAAACCAGAGACACAUUGGGUACAAGUGUGGAACCUGUGUCCAGUUCACCUUCAAGUGAGAUGAGCACCACCAUUGAGAUACUGUCCACCUCUGAAGCCUCCACAGGUACAGAUGCAAUUCAGCCCUCCAAAAACACAGCUGGGACCCACCGGGCCAACACAAUUUCUGGACAUGAAGCACAUUCCUCUGCCCCAGCUGAAUCAGAGCCAUCGAAUGUCACGUCCCCAAUGGUUACUCCUUCCCCCUCUAGGGACACCAGUGUUUCUACAUCAAUGCCUCACUCUUUAGAAACUACAAUGUUUGAGAUACACUCCACAUCCUCUCUGACUCCUCCACUGAGGAAGCCCAGCACCGUCCAGCAGAACAGCACAGACACAGAGAAAAUCGCCGUCCCUUCCAAAGUACCCACUGAUACGACGACUAUUGAGAACUCUAGGACCGAACCGAUCUCCCCUAGCAGCACGUCCAUCCCUGGCCCUGUUCAGUACACGUUGUUGCCAGACAUUCCUGCAGGCAUCAUCACCGGGCCCUCUGCCUCUCCUGUGCCAAGAGAAUCUGCAGGAGUCACCAUGACCACCCAAACAGGUCCCAUUGAGCCGACAUCACAGGACCCACUUACCUUGGACACUACAACCAACACCUCAGGGGCAGAGAUCCACUCGACUGUGACUCAGAGUUUUACGCACCCAGAGAUGUCCACUCUCAGCAGCAGAGGUCCCGAGGAUGUGUCUUGGCCAAGCCCUGCCUCUGUGAUAGAGACUGGCUCUCCAUCUUCCCCAGUGAUUGUACCUGCCAUGACAACACCCUCCCCUGAGCCAUCCACAUUACCAGGGAGAAGCCCCUCCUCUCCUACUCCUGUGACCUCACUUCUCACCCGUGGUCUGCGGAAAACCAGAGACACAUUGGGUACAAGUGUGGAACCUGUGCCCAGUUCACCUUCAACUGAGAUGAGCACCACCAUUGAGAUACUGUCCACCUCUGAAGCCUCCACAGGUACAGAUGCAAUUCAGCCCUCCAAAAACACAGCUGGGAUCAAUGGGGCCAACGAAAGCUCUGGACAUGAAACACAUUCGUCUGCCUCAGCUGACUCGGAGCCAUCCAAUGUCACGUUUCCAAUGCUUAUUCCUUCCAACUCUAGGGACACCCGUGUUAGCGCAUCAGUGCCUAACUCUUUAGAAACUACAGUGUUUGAGCUAGACUCCAUAUCCUCUCUGACUCCUGAACUGAGGAACACAAGCACCGUCCAGCAGAACAGCUCAGCCACAGAGAAAAUCGGCGUCCUUUCCAAAGUACCCACUGAUAUGACUACUGAGAUCUCUAGGACCGAACCCAACUCCUCUAGCAGCACGUCCAUCGCUGGCCCUGUUCAGUCCACGAUGUCGCCAGACAUCCCUGAAGGCCUGAUCACCAGGCCCUCUGCCUCUCCUGUGACGGCAGAAUCUGCAGAAGUGACCAUGACCACCCAAACAGGUCCCAUUGAGGCUACUUCACACGACCCACUUACCUUGGGCGCUACAACUAAUACCACAGGGGCGGAGAUUCACUCGACUGUGACUCAGAGUUUUAUGCAACCAGAGAUGACCACUCUCAGCAGCAGAGGUCCCGAGGAUGUGUCUUGGCCAAGCCCUGCCUCUGUGAUAGAGACUGGCUCUCCAUCUUCCCCAGUGACUGUACCUACCAGGACAACACCCUCCCCUGAGCCAUCCACAUUACCAGGGAGAAGCCCCUCCUCUCCUACUCCUGUGACCUCACUUCUCACCCGUGGUCUGCGGAAAACCAGAGACACAUUGGGUACAAGUGUGGAACCUGUGUCCAGUUCACCUUCAAGUGAGAUGAGCACCACCAUUGAGAUACUGUCCACCUCUGAAGCCUCCACAGGUACAGAUGCAAUUCAGCCCUCCAAAAACACAGCUGGGACCCACCGGGCCAACACAAUUUCUGGACAUGAAGCACAUUCCUCUGCCCCAGCUGAAUCAGAGCCAUCGAAUGUCACGUCCCCAAUGGUUACUCCUUCCCCCUCUAGGGACACCAGUGUUUCUACAUCAAUGCCUCACUCUUUAGAAACUACAAUGUUUGAGAUACACUCCACAUCCUCUCUGACUCCUCCACUGAGGAAGCCCAGCACCGUCCAGCAGAACAGCACAGACACAGAGAAAAUCGCCGUCCCUUCCAAAGUACCCACUGAUACGACGACUAUUGAGAACUCUAGGACCGAACCGAUCUCCCCUAGCAGCACGUCCAUCCCUGGCCCUGUUCAGUACACGUUGUUGCCAGACAUUCCUGCAGGCAUCAUCACCGGGCCCUCUGCCUCUCCUGUGCCAAGAGAAUCUGCAGGAGUCACCAUGACCACCCAAACAGGUCCCAUUGAGCCGACAUCACAGGACCCACUUACCUUGGACACUACAACCAACACCUCAGGGGCAGAGAUCCACUCGACUGUGACUCAGAGUUUUACGCACCCAGAGAUGUCCACUCUCAGCAGCAGAGGUCCCGAGGAUGUGUCUUGGCCAAGCCCUGCCUCUGUGAUAGAGACUGGCUCUCCAUCUUCCCCAGUGAUUGUACCUGCCAUGACAACACCCUCCCCUGAGCCAUCCACAUUACCAGGGAGAAGCCCCUCCUCUCCUACUCCUGUGACCUCACUUCUCACCCGUGGUCUGCGGAAAACCAGAGACACAUUGGGUACAAGUGUGGAACCUGUGCCCAGUUCACCUUCAACUGAGAUGAGCACCACCAUUGAGAUACUGUCCACCUCUGAAGCCUCCACAGGUACAGAUGCAAUUCAGCCCUCCAAAAACACAGCUGGGAUCAAUGGGGCCAACGAAAGCUCUGGACAUGAAACACAUUCGUCUGCCUCAGCUGACUCGGAGCCAUCCAAUGUCACGUUUCCAAUGCUUAUUCCUUCCAACUCUAGGGACACCCGUGUUAGCACAUCAGUGCCUAACUCUUUAGAAACUACAGUGUUUGAGCUAGACUCCAUAUCCUCUCUGACUCCUGAACUGAGGAACACAAGCACCGUCCAGCAGAACAGCUCAGCCACAGAGAAAAUCGGCGUCCUUUCCAAAGUACCCACUGAUAUGACUACUGAGAUCUCUAGGACCGAACCCAACUCCUCUAGCAGCACGUCCAUCGCUGGCCCUGUUCAGUCCACGAUGUCGCCAGACAUCCCUGAAGGCCUGAUCACCAGGCCCUCUGCCUCUCCUGUGACGACAGAAUCUGCAGAAGUGACCAUGACCACCCAAACAGGUCCCAUUGAGGCUACUUCACACGACCCACUUACCUUGGGCGCUACAACUAAUACCACAGGGGCGGAGAUUCACUCGACUGUGACUCAGAGUUUUAUGCAACCAGAGAUGACCACUCUCAGCAGCAGAGGUCCCGAGGAUGUGUCUUGGCCAAGCCCUGCCUCUGUGAUAGAGACUGGCUCUCCAUCUUCCCCAGUGACUGUACCUACCAGGACAACACCCUCCCCUGAGCCAUCCACAUUACCAGGGAGAAGCCCCUCCUCUCCUACUCCUGUGACCUCACUUCUCAACCGUGGUCUGCGGAAAACCAGAGACACAUUGGGUACAAGUGUGGAACCUGUGUCCAGUUCACCUUCAAGUGAGAUGAGCACCACCAUUGAGAUACUGUCCACCUCUGAAGCCUCCACAGGUACAGAUGCAAUUCAGCCCUCCAAAAACACAGCUGGGACCCACCGGGCCAACACAAUUUCUGGACAUGAAGCACAUUCCUCUGCCCCAGCUGAAUCAGAGCCAUCGAAUGUCACGUCCCCAAUGGUUACUCCUUCCCCCUCUAGGGACACCAGUGUUUCUACAUCAAUGCCUCACUCUUUAGAAACUACAAUGUUUGAGAUACACUCCACAUCCUCUCUGACUCCUCCACUGAGGAAGCCCAGCACCGUCCAGCAGAACAGCACAGACACAGAGAAAAUCGCCGUCCCUUCCAAAGUACCCACUGAUACGACGACUAUUGAGAACUCUAGGACCGAACCGAUCUCCCCUAGCAGCACGUCCAUCCCUGGCCCUGUUCAGUACACGUUGUUGCCAGACAUUCCUGCAGGCAUCAUCACCGGGCCCUCUGCCUCUCCUGUGCCAAGAGAAUCUGCAGGAGUCACCAUGACCACCCAAACAGGUCCCAUUGAGCCGACAUCACAGGACCCACUUACCUUGGACACUACAACCAACACCUCAGGGGCAGAGAUCCACUCGACUGUGACUCAGAGUUUUACGCACCCAGAGAUGUCCACUCUCAGCAGCAGAGGUCCCGAGGAUGUGUCUUGGCCAAGCCCUGCCUCUGUGAUAGAGACUGGCUCUCCAUCUUCCCCAGUGAUUGUACCUGCCAUGACAACACCCUCCCCUGAGCCAUCCACAUUACCAGGGAGAAGCCCCUCCUCUCCUACUCCUGUGACCUCACUUCUCACCCGUGGUCUGCGGAAAACCAGAGACACAUUGGGUACAAGUGUGGAACCUGUGCCCAGUUCACCUUCAACUGAGAUGAGCACCACCAUUGAGAUACUGUCCACCUCUGAAGCCUCCACAGGUACAGAUGCAAUUCAGCCCUCCAGAAACACAGCUGGGAUCAAUGGGGCCAACGAAAGCUCUGGACAUGAAACACAUUCGUCUGCCUCAGCUGACUCGGAGCCAUCCAAUGUCACGUUUCCAAUGCUUAUUCCUUCCAACUCUAGGGACACCCGUGUUACCACAUCAGUGCCUCACUCUGUAGAAACUACAGUGUUUGAGCUAGACUCCAUAUCCUCUCUGACUCCUGAACUGAGGAACACAAGCACCGUCCAGCAGAACCACUCAGCCACAGAGAAAAUCGGCGUCCUUUCCAAAGUACCCACUGAUACGACUACUGAGAUCUCUAGGACAGAACUGAUCUCCUCUAGCAGCACGUCCAUCCGUGGCCUUGUUCAGUCCACAAUGUCGCCAGACUUCCCUGCAGGAACUAUCACCUGGCCCUCUGCCUCUUCGGUGAUGACAGAAUCUGCAGAAGUGACCAUGACAACCCAAACUGGUCCCACUGAAGCUACAUCAGAGGACCCACUCACUUUGGGCACUACAACCAACACCUCAGGGGCAGAGAUUCACUCGACUGUGACUCAGAGUUUUACACACCGAGAGAUGACCACUCUCAGCAGCAGAGGUCCCGAGGAUGUGUCUUGGCCAAGCCCUGCCUCUGUGAUAGAAACUGGCUCUCCAUCUUCCACAGUGAUUGUACCUACCAUGAGAACACCCUCCCCUGAGCCAUCCACAUUAUCAGGGAGGAGCCCCUCGUCUCCUACACCUGUGACCUCAGUUCUCACCCGUGGUCUGGGGAAGACCGAAGACAGAUUGGGUACAACCUUGGUAGCAGUGACCACGUUACCUCCAACUUUGAGUAGUCCCACAGUUGAGAUAAUUUCCACCUCUGAAUUCUCCAUAGAUACAGCGAAAAUUCUUCCUCCCCUAUACACAAUAAUGAGUACUGUGGGUUCCAGCAGUUCUGGACACGAACUAAGUUCCUCUGUCCCAAUUUUUCCUGAGUCCUCCAGCACCACAUAUCCUAUGGGUACUGCUUCCUCCGUGUAUGAGACCACUCCUUCCUCAUCAAUGCGUUCCUCCUUUGAGACGAAGACACUUUCCCAUCUGACUCCUAGACUGCAGGAGACAAGAAUAGCCUUGGAUUCCAGCUCAAGCACACUCACAAACACACCUUCAUCGCCUCUGUCCACUCAUGGUUUGAAGGGUCCCAGGACUGAUGCUACGUCUUCUGUGAAAGUAUCAGCACCUGAUCAGCCUCUGUCUACACAGUAUACUGACAUUCCAGUGGAAACAGUCACACGCUUUUACACUUCUCUCUCCAUUACAAGGUCUGCUGGCGUAACUGUCCCAGAAUCCAAUCUUUCUAUGCCUGUAUCAGAAAAUACACGUUACCUAAGCACAGAUAUGCUGUCUUCAGCUGAGACCAUUUUUGCUAAUAACACACUAACACCUUCUUUGUCAGAGGCCAUGGCUUCCUUUGCUACAUCUGGAGUUCCAGGUGCCAUUUCAGUCAGUCCAUUUUCUAGGACAGAAUCAGGCCCUGGGGAUGCUAUUAUGCCCACCACUGCAGAGAGUCUACCUUCUUCAGCUUCAAUACCAUUCCCCUCUUUGACCUUCCGUACCACUGAUUCUUCAACCAGCCCACUCCCCCAUUGGAUUACUUCCUCACCAGCUACCCCAAGAAUAGUAGACACCAACCUUGAGGCAGAGAGCCAAAGCACUGCUGCAUUACCCUUGGUUACAGCCAGUACUUUGCAGACUUGGACGCAGCCAGUCAGGACAUCUUUACCACCCAUUACGGAUACCAGAAUGACAGAGAGUGUUGGUUUGGGAACAGUGACAAGUUCUUCUCAAGUUCUUCCACACUCAACCCAGUUGACAAGGACUGACGGCAUUGUGGAGCAUAUCACAAAGAUACCCAAUGAAGCAGCACAUGGAGACACCACCGUCCAUGUCCCCCUGGCAUCCACGUCUGCUAGUCUUAGAGGUAUGCUGUCUCUCCUUAGGACAUCAGAUAAAACAGCCAGCAUAAGCACAACAGGAAUGAUCAUCACAACCCCAGAUGUUCCAAAGGUGACAGCCUCAUUUGUCACCAGACCUGGAGACAAGACCACCACAGUAGUUCCCAUGACAACCCCAUCUAUUUUCAAUAGAGGACCACAGACUACACCCUCACUGGUCCCUAGUUCUGGGGCAGAGACCAGUGCAGCUGUUCCAACUCUGACUGUUUCCUUUGGUGAGCCAGAGACCACAACCUCAUGGGUCACCCAUCCUGCAGAGACUAAAGUCAGUUCAGCUGUUCCAACUCCGACUGUCUCCCCUGAUGUACUGGGGGUGGUGACCUCACUGGUUACUAGUUCUGGGACAGAGACCAGCUCAGUUGAUCAAACUCUGACUGUUUCCCCUGGUCAGCCAAAUGCAACAACCUCAUGGCUCCAUUCCACAGAGACCAGCACACCUGUUUCCAAAACAACUCUGAAUUUUUCCCCUAGUGAAUUAGACACCACAUCUUCAGCAGCCACCAUUCCUGGGGCAGAAGCCAUUUCAGCCACUCCAGUGAUGACUGGCUCACCUAGCAUACCAGCGAUGGUGACCUCACUGAUCAUUAGUUCUGGGACAGACACCAAUAUAAUCUUUUCAACUCUGACUGAGUCCCUGCAUGAAUCAGAGUCAACAGUCUCCUUGGUCACCCAACCUGCAGAAUCCAGCCCAACUGUUCCCAGAACAACCCCCGAUGUUUCCCAUAGCACACCCUCAAUGGCCACCAGCCUUGGGACAGAAGUCAGUUCAGCUGUUCCAACUACAUGUAUCUUCUCUGGUGUACCAGAUAUGGUGACCUCACAGGCCACUAGUUUUGAGAUAGAUGCUAGUAUGGCUAUUCCAAGUCUGACACUUCCUCCUGUUGAGCCAGUGACCACAGCCUCACUGGUCACUCAACCUGGGGUGCAGACCAGUCCAGCUGCUCCAACUCCAACUGUCUCCUCUACUGUGCCAGGGCUGGUAACCUCACUGGUCACAAGUUCUGGGGCAGAGACCAGUACAACUUUUCCAAUUCCAACUGAUUCCCCACACAAACCAGAGACAACAGCCUCUCACGUCACCCACUCUGGAACAGAAACAAGUUCAGCUAUUCAAACUAUGACUGUUUCCCAUGGGAAGCCAGAUACAACAGUCUUACUGGUCACCCAUCCUGAAGAGACCAGCCAAAGUAUUCCCAGGACAACCCCUAAUGUUUCAUAUCAUGAAUCAGACACCACAUUCUCAAUGGCCACCAGUCCUAGGGCAAAAGCCAGUUCAGCUGUCCCAGCUACGAUUGUCGCACCUGGUAUGCCAGGGAUGGUGACCUCACUGGUUACCAGUUCUGGGGCAGAGACCAGUACAACUUUUCCAACUCUGACUGAUUCCAUGCACAAACCAGAGACAACAGCCUCAUGGGUCACCCAUACAGAAACAAGUUCAGCUAUUCCAACUAUGACUGCUUACCCUGGGAAGCCAAAUACAACAGUUUCACUGGUCACCCAUCCUGUAGAGACUAGACUGACUGUUCCCAGGACAGCCCCCAAUGUUUCCCAUAGUGAAUCAGACACCACAUUCUCAGUGGCCACCAGUCUUGGGGCAGAAGUCAGUUCAGUUGUUCCAACUCCUACUGUCUCAGCCGGUGUACCAGAUAUCAGGACUUCACAGGUCACUAGCUCUGAGACAGACACCACUAUGGCUAUUGUACCUCUGACUCUUUCUCCUGGUGAACCAGCAACCACAGUCUUAUUGGUCACCCAUUCCAGUGCAGAGACAAGCACAAGGUUUCCUGCUUUAUAAACUAUUUUUCCUCAUUUACCAGAGAUCACAGCCGCACCAUCCAUCCCACCUGGGUUAGAGACUAGUACAGCUCUUCCAAAUCAGACUGUUUCUCUCAGUCCACCAGAAACAUCCUCUCUCUUCACCACAACUGUAACCAAGACAGCCAGAGUUAAUCUAACUCCAACAGCUUCAUUUGGUGUUCCUGCAGAAACAGCCUCACUCUCCACCCAUCCUGGGACAGACAUCAGCGCAACUACCUCAACUCUAGCUCCUUCCCGUGGUUUACCAGAGACCACAGGCUUAUUGGCCACCAGGCCUGCAACAGAGGCCAAUACAAGUACCCCAGCUCUGACUGUUUCCCCUGGCGUUCUUGGGCCUUCCAGGACCCCUGCAACAAAUGUUGGGUUUUAUCCUGUACCUUCCUGGAGCACAGAAACCUCACCACCUACAACCUCAGUUGGACUCCCAGAAUUUCCCAAGACCGUGACAGGUGACACCGUGACCUUGAUAGCAUCAGAGACCCCAACACCACCUAAAACCAGUCAUGGGGAAGGAUUAAGUACAACCACUGUCCUGAAAACCACCACUGCUGAGACCACUCAUUUAGCUGCCACAGGUUCAGGUCCCACUGUGGCCGAGACCACAAUCACCUUCAAUACACUGUCUGGAAGUCCUUUUGCCCCUGUGACCACACCUGGAACCUCUACCUUGGCCUCUGUGAGUGUGACUUCAGGAACAGGCUUGACUCAGGACUGGCCUCAUUUUACUCUCCCCACCACUGCAGCUGCAAUUCCUUUCUUGAUGCCUUUUACUGUCAACGUCACCAUCACCAACCUGCACUACACGGAGGACAUGGGAAACUCGGACUCUGAGAUAUUCAAUGCCACUGAGAGAGACCUGCAGCACCUGCUCAGUCCUCUGUUCAAAAAGAGCAGCGUUGGUUCCCUGUAUACCAGCUGUAGACUGACCUUGCUCAGGGCUGACAAGGAUGGAACAAGCACCAGAAUGGAUGCGGUCUGCACCUACCGCCCAGAUCCCACAGGCUUCAGGCUGGACAGAGGACGGCUGUAUUGGGAACUAAGCCAACAGACCCAUGGUAUCACUCGGUUGGGCCCCUACACCCUGGACAGGAACAGUCUCUACGUCAAUGGUUAUAACCAUCAGUACUGGAUCCCCACCACCAGCACUCCGGUGACCUCUACAUUCUCUCCAGGACCUCCAACAUCUCUGACCUCCACCCCCAGCUCCACAGGUUAUAAUGAACAUGGUCCAGAUGAGCCUCUUACAACUCCUGAACCAGCUACCACAUUCCUGCCUACUUCAUCAUCACCUGUACAACCAGAAUCCACCACAGGCUAUGUACCCCAGAGUUCACCUAUCCAGAGCGAGUACCAGCUAAAUUUCCACAUCAUCAACUGGAACCUCAGCAACCCAGACCCCAUGUCCUUAGAGUACAUUGCCCUGCUGAAGGACAUCCAGGACAAGGUCACAAAACUGUACAGAGGCAGCCAGCUACAAGACAUAUUCCACUCCUGCCUGGUCACCAACCUGAUGCUGGAUCCCAUGUCGGUCAGCAUCAAGGUACUGUUCUCCUCCAAACUGGACUCCAGCGUGAUGAAGCAAGUGUUUCUAGACAAGACCCUUAAUGCCUCAUCCCACUGGCUGGGUGCCACCUACCAGUUGACAGAUGUGCAUGUGACAGAAGUGGAGCCAUCAAUUCAUAUACCAACAGACCAACCAACAAUCAGUCCCAGCUUCCAGAACUUCCAGCUGAAUUUCACUGUCACCAACUUAACCUAUUCCCAGGACAUAGCCCCAGGCACCCCCAAACACCAGCAGAACAAGAGAAAUAUUAAGGAUGCGCUCAACCAGCUCUUCCGAAACAGCAGCUUCAAGAGUUAUUUUUCUGACUGUCAAGUUUCAGCAUUCAGGUCUGAGCCCCGCAGCAACCACACUGGGGUAGAUGCUCAGUGUAACUUCUCACCAUUGGCUCAGAGACUGGACAGAGUUGCCAUCUAUGAGGAAUUCCUGCGGCUGACCAAGAACGGUACCCAGCUGCAGAAUUUUAUCCUGGACAGGAAUAGUGUCCUUGUGGAUGGGUAUUCUCCCAAUAGAAACGCUGUCUUGACUGAGAAUUCGGACCUCCCCUUCUGGGCCAUCAUCCUCAUCUGCCUGGCAGGACUCCUGGUGCUCAUCACGUGCCUGAUGUGCUGUUUCCUGGUUAGCAAGAAAAUGCUGUUGUCUUCUUACUAUCAGGUUGUCACUGUCUCCAGGCAGAAGGAGGAGGAAGACUGUGAGGCUCAGCAACAACGCCUGGGCUAUUAUUACCUGGGACCUGAGGAAGCUGCAGUGACAUCUGCUUGA